AUGAGUCGGUUUUUCGAGCUGUUGCAAGGGAAGCGAGAGGAGGAAAGGGGAGGGAGGGUCUCCGCUCUCUUCUGCGCAAGCGCAAUCCGCUACCCUUUCGAGGAGCUCUCCCAGGGACAGCAGCUCUUCCAGGAAUGUCGUAUUGCGCAUCCCAUUGUAAAAUGUACUUACUGCCGAUCAGAAUUUCAGCAAGAGAGCAAAACUAAUACAAUAUGCAAGAAGUGUGCCCAAAAUGUGAAACAGUUUGGAACGCCAAAACCUUGUCAGUACUGCAACAUCAUUGCUGCUUUUAUUGGCACAAAAUGUCAGCGCUGUACAAACUCUGAAAAAAAAUAUGGACCACCUCAGACAUGUGAACAGUGUAAGCAGCAGUGUGCUUUUGACCGCAAAGAAGAAGGAAGAAGAAAGGUUGAUGGGAAGCUGUUGUGUUGGCUUUGCACUCUGUCCUACAAGAGAGUACUGCAGAAGACCAAGGAACAGAGGAAGAGCUUAGGGUCUUCACAUUCUAAUUCUUCUACUACACCUAUUACUGAAAAAGACCAUCAUUUGAAACACCACCAUCACCACCACCGUCACCACCACCAUCACCACCAUCAUCACAGCAGUGGCCAUCACAAAAUCAGCAGUCUGAGCCCAGAAGAUGAUCAGGGAUUGUGGAAGCAGAGCCAUAAAUCCUCUUCAGCUAUUCAGAAUGAAACUCCAAAGAAAAAGCCCAAAAUGGAAUCCAAGCCAUCUAAUGGAGAUAGUAGCUCUAUAAAUCAGUCAGCAGACAGUGGAGGUACUGACAACUUCGUUCUAAUAAGUCAGUUGAAAGAAGAAGUGAUGUCACUGAAACGUCUCUUGCAACAAAGAGAUCAAACUAUACUGGAGAAAGAUAAAAAGUUGACUGAGCUGAAAGCGGACUUUCAAUACCAAGAGUCAAAUUUAAGAACCAAGAUGAACAGUAUGGAAAGAGCUCACAAGGAAACUGUAGAACAAUUACAGGCAAAGAACAGAGAGCUGCUCAAACAGGUUGCAGCAUUGUCAAAGGGCAAGAAGUUUGACAAGAGCGGGAAUAUGCUGACAUCACCAUAAGAAGAUGGCUGUUUGCAUAACUAUUAAUUUUGGAAAGGUAAUUGACUCUGGGGAAACUCCGUAGAAACAAACCUUUUGGCGUGCAGAGUUGAUGGCAUAGGUCCUAUACCUUUUCGUAACAGAUAAUGCCAUGAAGGUUUUUUUGCAAAUUAAAAUCAUUUGGAUUAUUAAAGUACUUCAACAGGUUUGAAGAAGGCACACAUACAUAUAUACAUGCAGCCAUACAGAAGGAGGCAGCUGGCUAGUCCCUGGUGAUCACAUCAUGCAAUAACAAAUAUAUGAAUGGCAGCCACUUGAGAGGGCAGUCCCCCAAGUGCUCCUGUUGUGCAGACUGAUUGCUUUCAGUUGGACUUCAGCAGGUUGCCUGGGCAAGAGCAGAACUUGUCUGGGAGCUGGGCAAACGCGUCUCAAGGACAAACUUUCAAUCUUACCUACAUUCCAACAGCAGCUAAUUUGAAAAUGAGCAAGAGCACUGGAUACCUGGCAACUGUUCUUUGUCUUUCAGUCAGAAUAAGAGUGCAUCAAGGAUUAAAAUCAUGGUGCUUUUAUUACAAGAAGCUUAACCCUAUAAAUAUAUGUAAAAGAUUUUAACAGUUUUAUUCUUAGUGAUAACUGGUGUUUUGCAUUCCCUGUUAUAGAAAUUGAAAGAGAUUCUCUAUUGUAAGUACCAGAACAAAAUGUGUUUUUCUGAAAAUACGCUGUAGACUUCUUCCUGCAAGUGCCUUUUCUCCCAACAGUUUAUUUAUAGGAAUGUUGGUAUUUGUAUAUACUUUUCUUUUUCUUUAAUCAUGUUUAAAUGUUUCCCUGUAUGUAUAUAUUUAUAAAUGUAUGUACAGAAGAAUCAAAUGCUAAGAUCAAAUUGUUAGAAUGAUAGGGAAGGUGCUAAGUACUGGCAGGCAAUGAAUUUUGGCUGUAGAUACUGUAACAGAUGUGUCUGUGUAGAGAGUAUUUGUCUUAACUCUUGCUGUGCCUAACUUAAUGGAGGGGGCGGGCUUUUAAACUGUAGGGCUUCUAAAAAUAGAUGAUUUAUUUUAUCUCAGUGCUGAUUUGCAUUGUAUUCUCAGUGAUGUGUUCUCGAUUGAAUGAUGAGGGAACAGUAUUUGAGCUAAUGUAACUCCAGAUAUUUCUUUUAAUAACAUUGCAUUGAAAUUUAAUGCCAUUUUAAAUAGUUCUGUAAACAUGCCUUUUUAUUUCUAUACAGUGAGAAAAUAACAAUCCUACACUGAAAGCUUUAUGUUGUUAAGGGCGUUGUCACUCAGUAGUUCUGUGGCCAAUAAAUUGGGAGCCAAAAGAAAUGUCCCUAGAGAAACCUGAAUGCCUAACACUGAGAAUUAAGAAAACGAAAAAUAGCCGUGUAGUCAUAGAACCAUCGCUGGCCCCAUAACCUUGGCUCAGUCUUCGCAGUCACGUGACAGUAAUGUAGGCUGAAGCACCAUUUGCACUAGAGGGAUAAAGUGUGAUUGAACAGCACAUUCUCAUUUCCAAGUAAGAAUUUAAACAGACAUGCCAUAAAUUAGUGGCUCUCAAACUGUAUUUUGGGGAAGCAUGGGAUUCCAUAGAAGUAGAUCAGUAACAAUAGAGACCAUCACUACCAAUCUUCAGUUGUAUAUGUACCUGUAGGAGUUUGCUGAGUGUGUUCUACAGGCACUCUCAAUUUCUUCAGGGCGUAGACCUCUCAGCAUUGCACGAACUAGUGCACCCGGGAAUGUGUCUCCAAACCUUGUGUAAUGCACAGAGGUCUCUAGUAUAGUGUUUUUCAAACUUGGCAACUUUAAGAUUUGUAGAUUGGUUGGGGAAUUUAAGAUGUGUAGAUGCUAGCUGGGGAAUUCCUGGGAGUUGAAGACCAUACAUCUUAAAGUUGCCAAGUUUGAAAAACACUGCUCCAGCAGGUAAGCAAGAAGUAACUCUGAAAUACAUAAUUUGGAAAUCAUGCCUUGGAUGUGUAAAGCUAAAAAACACCAAUAAUCCUUUGAUAUUUUUAUGGUUCUUUAUAGGAGAAUGAUGUAAGUUAUUAGAAAAGUUAAUGACCAUUCCAGAAAAUACAGUUUCAUCAACCUAAAAUUAAAAGACACUUUUUUUCUAUUAAAUGGAAAAUCCUAUUGAUAAAAGGGUGCUCAAGUUAUUAUCACAGGAAUUGCACUUCAGCUAGCCUUCGUGUUUUGGGGCCUCCAGCUACCGGUUUUGGGAGGGUUUGUUCCCAAGAGACUACUGAAUAAUUGUAAUUUGAACAAAAAAAAGCUGCUUUCUACAAUAUUGAGAAUUUUUUAUUUUUUGUAUACUAAAGAUGAACUUUGUAAAUUUAUAAAUACGAUUUGCUGAUCUUACAUGAUUAUAUAGAUAGGGUAGAAUAUUCUUUUGCUAUCCUGUUGAAUUGCUUAAUCAUUCAGACUUUUUUUUAAUUGCUGACUUCCAUUUCAGAGUAUUUUGAUACUUUUUCUGAUUGAAUGACUACCUGUCACUGGUGGACUUGUUUAAAAAGAAACCGGUCAAAACUUUUCACAAGAAACGUAAUGACUUUCUGAUCAAGGCAUUGUCACUGAAACCUGUUUAUGCUGCAAUGGGAAUAUUAUAGAGGAAGAAAACCAACAUUCUGGUUUUUAAAUACCAGAGCUGUAGAAAAUCCCAUUUCAAAACAUUUACAAGACUUUACCAUGUCUAAAGAGAAACUAUUUUUUAUUUUUAAUUGUGGCAUUUCAAAGACUGGAAACUAGCAAAUGAAAUGUAGGAUAUUUGGGUGGUUUUCACAAUGAGCUUGGUUUUAUGUAGACUCCCAAGAUGAUACACUAUGAUGUGCAUUUAAAUCAGUUUUUCAGUAAUUGGCAUCAAACAAAAAAAUCCCUUGGGCUUGAAUUAUUUAUGUACUUUUAGCCUGUGAAUAUUGCAUUUUUUUUUAGUUAGAAUGUCUAUCUCCAUUUUGAGGUGAAGCUGUUCAUCUUACUUACAUGUGUAUAUUGUGUUGAAAUUCUGUACUGGCACACAUUUGACAUUUUUGUACUUUUUCUAAAUCCAAUAUUUCACAAUAAAAGCUUGUUAAAACAGCAAUGUGCCUCUCAAUCAGUAAUUGCCCAUUGGGUUCCAGGCCUGGGCAAAGGGAUAAUUUUAAUCUGGGGUUUUGACAAGCCUUUUCCAAUCUGAUGCCUAUAAGCCCUAUCCACCCUAGCCAACAUCUUGUCUGUUCUAUAAUUUGUAUGUGUGUUUCACAGACUGCCUGUAAUGAAUAAACU